AUGGAAUUUAUUGACAGAGCCUUGUUGAGCUCUUAUCCAAAUGCUCCUGCGUCCUUGAGAUAUACAGUCUAUUUCGUUACAUUUAUCGGCUUCAUUAAUCUUAUCAAACUAGGGUAUGGCACUCUUGACCUCAUUAACAGACACUUCAUCAGAAGACCAAAAGAUCUGAUGAAAACAUAUGGGGGAAACGACACUUGGGCAGUCGUCACUGGUGGAUCUGAUGGCAUAGGAGAGCAAUUCUGCAAAGAUCUCUCUAAGAAAGGAUUCAAUAUUUGCAUUUUGGGCAGAAAUGAACAAAAAAUGAAGGAGAAGCUCGAUUAAAUAAAGAAAUAAUCUGGGAAAGAGAUCAAGACAAGAUAUGUAGUGGCUGACUUUGCCAAACUAACAAGGAUAUCAGACUAUGAAAAUAUUGCUAGUUAACUUAGAGAUAUUGAUAUUGGUAUGCUAUUACUGAAUGCUGGCUGGACUCAAGCCACUCCGUUCAUUGACUUUACCCCUGAAAAUAUUGAGGCAACUGUAAAUAUCAAUGCUGUUCAUCCAGCAUAUCUUUCUAAGGUUCUUGUAAAUCAACUCAAUGAAAGAAAGCAAAGAAGUGCUAUUAUCAUCACAUCUAGUGGUCUCGGUUCAAUUCCUGCAAGUGGUUUCAUUACCUACAGUGCUAGUAAAGCUUUUGCAGGUUUUCUUGGAUAAGGUUUAAACUUUGAACUUAAGAAAAAGAUGGACGUAAUGACUUUUGAAUGCGGUGAGACAAGAACUAAACUUAUGGGAUCUAGAAAGAGCAGAAUGAUCGUUGACGACAUCAGUAGAGUAACUACUGGAUGUUUGAGAGAUAUAGGAUAUGAAUCAUUGACCUACGGGUGCCUUACUCAUGAAUUAGCAAUGAUUCCACUUAAAAUAUUCCCUUUGAGAAUGUUGUAAAGUAUGAUGUUUAAGGCAUCAUAGAAGACAUUUGCAAUGCUUCAAAAGAAAGAGGCUGAGGCCAAAAAACAAAAUUGA